UAAACAAAGAAAAGUAAAGCAAUUAUAUGAUAUUAAAAAUGGCAUAUAUAAAAUGAUUUAUAAAAAUGAAAAUAUAAUAGAAGAAAAUUUGCAAAAAGAACACUAUUGCAGAGAAUAUCUAAAAUGUACAUUAGAAAGGACUGACCAUGACUUUCCAAUGUUAAAAAACAGAAUUAAAAAAGUAUUAGUAACUCUGCAAAUUAUAUAAGAGAAUAGCUGACUGUGUAAGAUAAGAUAAGCGCAUGAUUAUUAUGUUAUCAUUCAAUAAAUACUUCAUGCAAUGGGACAAAGUUCUAGUAACUAUUUUAAGAAAACGUUUUAUAUCAAGCUAUAUGCAAGUUGUAGACAAUAAGCUAAAUAUACAAUUAUAUUGUUAAAUAAAAGAAGUAGAGAAUUUUAUGCAAAAAAUAUUACGAUUGAUAACAAUAGGGAAUCUGAAGCUAGAUGUGAAUUAAAAAAAAAAGAAAAAAAUGAAAGAAAUUAAUCUUGGAAUUUCACAACAAACCUUGGUGUCCAAUGAUGAUCAAAGUGUGCCAGCUAAGAGAUUGCUUCAAUAUGUUGCAAGUUUGGCAGCAAAUCUUGGAGCCUUAGCAGCUGGAAUGACAUUAGCAUGGACUUCCUCUGCUGGUGAUAAUGGAAGAGACUUACAAUCUUUAUAUGGUAUACCUAUUUCUCCAGAAGAAUUUUCAUGGAUUAGCUCAAUAACUGCAAUAGGUUCAGUAGUAAUAUGUAUUCCUAUUGGAAUUCUUGCUGACAUGAUAGGAAGAAAAUUUUCAAUGCUUUUGAUGGUGAUACCUUUUACCUUAGGCUGGUUACUUCUAAUUUUUGCCAACAAUCUAAUCAUGUUUUAUGCUGGUAGAUUCAUCACUGGUCUCAGUGGUCCAGCUUUUUCUGCGGUAGCACCAAUAUACACAGCAGAGAUAGUUGAGAAUGAAAUUCGUGGAGCUGUUGGAUCUUACUUUCAAUUGCUUCUCACUACAGGCAUUCUUUUAUCGUAUGUUUUGGGAACUUUUGUUGAUAUGCGUGUACUGUCAAUUAUAUCUGGUAUUAUACCACUUAUAUUUUUUGGAGUUUUUAUGUUUAUGCCAGAAUCACCAGUCUACUAUUUAAAAAAAGGUGAUGAAGACUCUGCUAAGAAAAGUUUAACUAGAUUGCGCGGUAUUCAGUACAAUAUCGAAAAUGAGUUACAAAAUCAAAAACAUGCAUUGGAAGAAUGCAAUCAAAAUACAACCUCUUUUUGGACUAUAAUCAAAUCUAGAGCAGCUUUAAAAGGCUUUAUAAUUGCUUAUGGUCUUAUGUUUUUUCAACAAUUAUGUGGUGUAAAUGUUGUUAUAUUUUAUACUAAUAGCAUUUUUGAAAAAGCUGGCAGUGAUUUAGACCCUCAUUAUUCAACUAUUGUAAUAGGUGCAAUACAAGUAUUAGCUGUCUUUGUGAGCACAUUAAUUGUAGACCGUAUAGGCAGAAAAAUAUUACUAUUAACAUCUAUAAUAUUUUUGGCUUUAACAACUUGCGCCCUUGGAGUUUUUUUCUACCUUCUUGAAAACCAGGGAACUUCAAUUACAUGGUUACCUCUAACGUCUCUAUGCAUUUUUAUUAUUAUGUUUAAUAUGGGUUUUGGUCCAGUUCCAUGGUUAAUGAUGGGUGAAAUUUUUGCACCAGAAAUUAAGGGUGUAGCUGUAAGUAGUGCUUGCCUUUUAAAUUCGGUAUUAGUUUUCAUUGUAACUAAAUUUUUUAUUAAUGUUUCCAUGGCAAUUGGUACUGGUGAAACAUUUUGGUUAUUUACCGUAAUUUGUGUUAUUGGAACUUCCUUUGUGUAUUUAUUAGUUCCUGAAACAAAAGGAAAGUCUUUAGAAGAAAUCCAAAAAGAAUUGAAUGGCUCCUAAAUAAUGUUAUUAUUUAAAAACUGUUUGUCUACAAUAGUCCACUGAUGAUGUGUAAAAUUCAAACAUAGCAGACUUAAGGCAAGGAGAAUCGCUGUUUUAAAAGUUAUGCGCAUCGAAAAUUUGUACUAUUCAGCAAAAAUUAUCAGAUGAUAUAAAAGAAAGUUGUAAACUCGGUGUAAACCUGUGAAUGAGAAGUUCAAUCCAUUACGGUAGCAUAACAAUAAUUUGUAUGUACCUACAUGUAUGUAUCUAUAUGUAAAUUCGCAUGAUGCUUCAAAAUACAUAAUAGCGUUAGUAAUUAUCCAAAUCUAGUUAUGGUCGUGUAUACAUUACUUCUCUGAGAUAAGCUUUUGUUGAUAAGGCAAACAAAAAAUAUGACAAGCUGUUAUAAAUUUCUUUUUACAACUGUAUAUGUACAAAUGUAUAUAUACAAAGUACAUUCGAAUGUCUCCAAAUUGUUAAGAAAUGAAAUUUGCAGGCCUCAAACAGAAGGUACAAAUCUUGAGAAUGUAUGAAUAAAAUUAGAAAAAGAUCUGACUACGUCUGCAGGAUUGAUAGCACA